AUGAUAUUGAUCAUUUUAUUGGUUUUACCAUUAUUAAGAUCUACACUAAAAGCCAUUACUGACGGUCUUAUCCAAGAGCUCAAGUUUCUCGACAAUACCUUUCCAGGGGAGCAUAUUCAUGCUUUCUGGUCAGAUACUGCAAAAGACUUGCAAUGCAAGACUUUUUUGAUGGCGUUGGGAAUAUCCAAAGAAGUUACUCCUUCCUAUUCAUCUGAAAUGUCUGGGAUGGGAGAAGCACCGAACGAGGUUAUUAUUUAUAAUAUCCACAGUGGUGUAAUUAACUUGCCCAACAGGUUUAACGAGAGGAGAAUUUCCGGGGUUAUCGAUGGUUUUAAACGGGCAGAUCUGUUAAUUAAUGGUGAGAAUUACAGAUAUCUCGAAGAUACAAGCCGCAAGGCCUUCUUUACUCCCAAUGAUCCUGAAGUUCAAGACAUGGAAGAUUCGACUAAUGACACAGAAGUUUCUCCCAUGGAAGAUGACCCAGCAACCAUUCCAGUCGCCAGUGCCACUCCAGGUACUAUGGCAUCUCAUUCAUCUUAUACUCCCAUUCUACAGAAAGAUGAUACUUAG